CCGAAGUGGACGGUUGCCGCUGAGCUGCGUCCGCUGUCGUCUCGAAGCACGCUGUGUUGUUCCUGCUGUCACAUCUAACGCCGAAAACCUCGCCAGUACGAGCGUUGAACUUCAGCCUUUUUUUCUGGGGCCUUCUGGGAGACGCCGAACAUCGCCCGGUGGCCCGGUCUACCGCAAGCAAGCGCCGCGGGGGGCUCGUGCAGAGCCAACCUCAGCCCCUUGCCGACGACGGAAUGUCUGCUGGCCAACCUUCAUCCCAAGUUGACAGGCCCACCUACCACCUGGAGCCGGAGCACAUGCCGUCGGGGACUCGUCCGUCUCCCCGACAAGCUCAUGAGGUAGCCGAAUCUUCGGAGGACGACUCUACCUUCAAGGAAGGCAUCUCCGAUAUGGACGACUCUGAAGGGUCCCAAGACUGGACCGAAUCGCGAGGCAAAAAGCGCCGACGGAAAAGUGGCGGCUCGGGCACGUCCGGGACUACUAGCCACAGGCUACUUGAAGAGGGGUUCACCGUCUUGUUCGCCCCCACCAACUCCGACUCGGUUGCGUCGCUCAGUCCAUCCAAGCUUACAGAAUACGUCGAAUGUGCUGCGCCAGGUGCCGUCAAAGAAGUCCGCGUCAACAAGGCAAGGAACUUAAUCGCGGUCGAAGCACGGACACCCAAGCUCAAGGGAGUACUCCUGGACCUCAAGGUACUCUGCACCACUCCUGUCCGAGCAUUCCUCCCCAGCCCCCCGAACACCUGCAUCGGGCUUAUCAGGGACCUGGAACUCGGCCUUUCUGACGCUGACAUCCGGAACCAGAUACGGGCUCCAGUCAAGAUCUGGGACGUGCGGCGACUUGGGGAGAAGUCUAAACUCGUGAAGAUUGUCUUCCUCGGGAAGACGCGGCCCGACUCCCUCCUCUACGGACUAGUUCGAACUCCGGUCCUGCCUUUCAAGGUAAAAGCCCUGCAGUGUCGGCGGUGCCUCCGUUACGGCCAUAUAUCCGCGGUCUGCAAUCGUCCCCAGGCAUGCGCACGAUGCGGCGCCUCACACGACGGCGGGUGCGAAUCACCCGAACCAAAGUGCAUCAACUGUCGUCAGAGCCAUGAGGCCACGUCCUCGUCCUGCCCAACCCGACGUCGAGAGGUCGCCAUCUCGCGUUACCGCUCAGAAAACAACGCAACGUUCCGGGAUGCUCGCGAAGCACUCCGCAACUCCUCGUCAGCCAAGUCAGACAAGAAUUCACGCAGUGAGCAGGGUAGCACCCCCUCAGACAAUAAUGUACCCCAAGACGUGCGUCCUUCCCCGACUGACACUCAUGCACCGGCGGUAUCAUCCCCUACCUGCCAAGAAACCGAUGCCACUCCCGGCACCAGCCUCUCAGCCUCCAGCACCACGGUAAAACAGACCUGGGCAGAAACUGUCAAAAGCUCGAAACCAUCCAAAGGCCGCGACACCCGAGCUUCUCGACAAGGCGCACCUGUGCCGCCAUCUUCAGGCCACACCGAAGCCGCCGUCCCCUUCUCGCCGCAUCCCUUCAAGUCCAUUGUAACCAUGAUCUUUGGCGCCGUGCGUGACCUAAUCCACAUCCUGCCAACAUCCUCGUUCCGUAAGUUCCUGGAAGCCGUCCUAGCGCUCGAGGGCAUCAUAGGGGCGCUGCUCUGAAGCUCGACUGACAGCGGUACCCUUAGCCCCGCUGAUGCCUCCCUCAGUGCAUCAGUCCCCUGCUAGAGGGCGACGACAGACCCCUGUGGCUCUACAGUGGAACUGUGCAGGUCUGCUGACCAGACUGGCAGAGUUGUCCCUCUACCUUCAACAAUGGAAGAUACCCAUUUUAGCUCUUUGCGAAGCUGGUCUCCCAGGAAAUCGCAGCAUCCCUGGGUAUUUUGCUUAUAAAAACCCGUCCAUACCAAGCUUUCCAAACGGCAGCGCUGCAAUUUAUAUCCAAAAAGCUAUCCCUCACCAUGUCGUGGAUGUCUCUGACCUCUGCACUGUUAACCGGGACCUCGUUGCGGUGCGUGCUGAGAUCGCCGGGCGGCGCCUCACUAUUAUCUCAAUUUAUGUCCGCCCAGGAGGGGGCGCUGUGGAGGUCGCCGGCUUGGUGGAUUCCCUGCGCACCAGGAUCACCGAUCCGGUUGUGAUCUGUGGGGACUGGAACGCUCAUCAUGCUCUAUGGGGUGACACCAGAGAAGAUGCAAGGGGCAGGAUGCUGGCAGAACAGUUUGGAGAACACAACCUUGUUGUGGCCAACGACGGCUCCCCGACAUUUUUCCGGCCACCCUGCACUUUCAGUGCCAUCGACGUCACAGCCCAUUCACCGGAGAUCCCACUGUCUUGGCGGGUUGCAGCCGACACCAUGGGCAGUGAUCACUUCCCAGUCUUCAUCGACAUCAUAGGCCUACAACGUCCUGGGGUCCACGAGAUCUCCGUUAUUCACUGGGACCGGUUCCGAGACAACCUAGGGCGAUCUACACGACCCCUCCUGGAGGCCAUCAGCGACGCGGCGAAAGAAGCCACAAUCAAGGCAUCCGUACCUACAUCCUUCCCUGCACCCGACCUGACCCUUCUUAACCUGUGUGCAGCAAGACGGAGGGCCCAGAGACUUCUGCAACGUAAGGGUGGCGUGACCUUUAAGACCCUCUUUAACAGGAUUGACGCUGCCCUACGACGCUAUGCCAAAAAAUGCUUCAAGCGGCAGUGGGAUUUGAUCUGCUCUUCGGUGGAUGCAACCACACCAGCCCGGCGUAUCUGGAGGCUUAUGGACAGUCUGUCCGGGAAAAGAAUGUACAGCCUCCCAUUCGCU